AUGCUCGAGGCCGUCGACCAGAUCCGCGACCUUGUUGGCGACGAGGCUGUCAGCGUCGAUGCAUCGGACCUGGAAGAGCACGGCUACUCGGACUGGUCCACGUCCAACACGGACGUGAGGCCCGUCGCCAUUGUCCGGCCGGCAUCCACUGAGCAUGUGUCGGCCAUAGCUGCGAUAUGCACCAGGCUCAAGGUCCCCAUGGUGCCAUACGGGGCGGGCUCCAGCGUCGAGGGAAACUUCAGCUCCCCCUUCUCAGGCAUCUGCAUAGACCUGUCCGCCAUGGACAAGAUAAUCGCCAUCCACCCGGAAGACAUGGACGUCGUGGUGCAGCCCGGCGUCAACUGGAUCAGACUCAAUGACGACAUUAAAGACUUGGGUCUGUUCCUGCCCCUCGACCCGAGCCCAACGGCCUUGAUCGGGGGCAUGGUUGCCACCAACUGCAGCGGCACGAAUGCCACGAGAUAUGGCACCAUGAAAGACUACGUCGUCAAUCUGACCGUCGUCUUGGCCGACGGCUCCGUCAUCAAGACGAGGAACCGGCCCCGCAAAACGUCGGCUGGAUACAACCUGAAUGGGCUCUUUGCCGGCUCCGAGGGGACUUUGGGCAUCAUCACAGAAAUUACACUCAAGCUGGCCACGGUGCCGACAAACGUCAGCGUGGCGACUGCGACGUUCCCGACCAUCCGGGAGGCAGCAGAUGCCGCCUCGGCCCUUAUUCGAAAGGGGGUCCCCGUGGCCGCCCUCGAGCUCAUGGACCAUGUGCAGAUGAAAAUUGUCAAUCGCAACGGGGGUGCCGGGGGUAGGACGUGGCAAGAGCUCCCGACCUUGUUCAUCAAAUUUGCAGGCACCAAAAACGCCAUCGCGGACAAUAUCCUGUCUACCCGGCAGGUGGCGGAGGCUUACCACUGCGCAUCCUUUGAGUCUGCCGAUACCACCGAGCAGAUGGACGCCCUCUGGUCAGCGAGAAAGCAGGCCCUAUGGGCGUCUCUCGCGAUCCGGCCCGAAGGCACUCGAAUCUGGUCGACUGACGUUGCCGUACCGCUGUCCCGGAUGGGUGAAUUGAUCGAAAUAUCCCAGCAAAGGGCGGCGAGACUUGGCCUGUUUACCAGCAUCUUGGGCCACGUUGGCGACGGAAACUUUCACCAGAUGAUCAUGUACGACCCCCGCGUCGCAGAGGAACAGAGACGCGUCGAGGACUGUGUCGCUGCCAUGGUGGAGAGGGCACUUGAAAUGGAGGGGACGGUCUCGGGCGAACACGGCAUCGGCAUGGGAAAGAAGCAUUGCCUGGCAAAGGAGCUGGACCCGUCGACACUCGGGACGAUGAAAGCCUUGAAAAGCGCCCUUGAUCCAUACUGGCUCUUGAACCCGGGCAAGGUUUUUGACGAAUAG